UGUCGCACGGUGGGAUUUCAGAGACGGACCACAACACGGAAGUAGGCAACACGAGUGUUCGCUGCAGUGAAUCUAUCAUCAUUCGCUUGUUUAGAGUCUGUUUCUUUUUAAUUUAAUUUUCUGGUGUUCAUUGAAGCUAAAGCUGAAGAUGUGGAAGAAAAACUCUUCUGAAAGCUCUGACCGGUUUGAAUAUUUACAAACUCUGGUCACUGAGUUUCAGGACACUGACAGUGAAGAGGCAAAGGAGCAGGUGCUUGCUAACCUGGCAAACUUUGCCUAUGAUCCAAACAACAUGGGUUACCUGAGGGAUCUGCAGGUGACCGACCUCUUCCUGGACAUGCUCACCGAGGAGAACGAGAACUUUGUGGAGUUUGGGAUGGGAGGUCUGUGUAACCUGAGCAUGGACCCUGAGUGCAGAGACAUCAUCCUGCAGAACAGCGGGAUUAGCUUAGUCACAAACCGUCUGUCGAGCCGGAGAGAGGAGACCGUCCUGUCAGCCAUCACCAUACUGAUGAACCUCACCACGUCUUCGUCACGCUCCGAAAUCACCAACCCCGCCAUCCUGCAGUGCAUGCUGCGCUUCUCCCUCUCAGAGAGCCCCCGGCUGAGGAACCUGGCUGCCGUGUUCCUGCAGGACUGCUGCAGCGAGGAGCAGGUGGCCCGAGCGGAACAGCAGAUGCAGGGACAGCAGAGUGCAGUCGGCAUCCCGCUCCCCAAAGACUGAGAUACAGGACUCAUGAGGGGGAGAUAUGUGGUUGUGUUUGCUUUCUGUGAGAGCACGAGAAAAAUGUUUGAAUUAUAUAAACAAAAGUAUGUGGGCGGGAUUGUUGAUCACGUUGUCCUGAAGCAGUGUGCAUCAACCUUCUGAUAUAACCACGUCUAAUGUUCUGGUUUCAAGUGAGCUCUGACACUGAUGUUAGUUCACAGAGUCUGGCUUAGGGUGGUCUUUCUAAAGGUAUUAGAUGGAGUGAACCUCAGGACUCUGUGCUGGCCAGUCAGGUACCUCUGCACCAAACUGUCCAGGGUGGGGGUAGGCGACAGUAGCUCAGUCUGUAGAGACUUGGCUUUGGAGCCCAAGGGUCAUCUGUUCAAUCGGUACAGACAUAAGUUUGGACUUUGGACUGGGUGCUGGGAGGAGCCAGUUUACCUCCUAGGCACUGCCCUUUAACAAGGCAUCAAAUCUCUAGCUGCUCAGGACGCCGUCUGCAUGCAGCGCCCUCACUCUGAUAUCUCUGCUGGUGCAUGCCGAUAGGAUCCUGUUUGUGACGCCUGCUGUGCAUGUGUCACAAAGUGAAGUAUGUCUUCUUUUCUUACAGUGAAGCUUAAUUUUCUCCUGUCGUGCAGUUGAAACAUAAAUAAAUCCCUCAUAUGUUACAACAAUUUAUAAAAGUUCUUCCAC